CUGCCCCGCGUCGCGUCUUGGCGGCUUGGUCCGCGCUCGCGCUAAUCGAUCUCGUAGGGCAGGUGCACUCACUUAUCUGAUAGUCGUCGUCCCAUCGUCGAGAGGGAAUUUGCUGAUCUUUCACUUGCAGGUUUACAUAAUCGUACUACUCAAAGCUUGGAUGCACCUUUACACAAAGCUUAGGCAAAACAAGACGCAUGUUCAGAGUCGGCCACAGUAGAAGAUGAUUCUUUGCGAGCACCAAUAGCACUCCGACAUGUCCUUCGUCUCUCCCUUCGGUACAUCAACAUCAAAACCUGGCCAUGGAUCCAUCAUCCUUGAAAUACUCCCUCCGGAUACGCCUGUCCUCCGGACCGUGUCAUAUCAAUACCCGCUCAAGCUAGUCGCCCCAGAUCCCCUAGCAACACCCAACUAUGGCAGAGAAGCAGCGGCCGACACAGCAGCGGCCACGCCCUCACUGAUUCAUACAGUGUUCUUGUUGACCUACGGUGGAGGUAUCGUAGCUGGAGACAGCAUAGACCUGGAAGUCAGAUUAGACAGCAGUACACGGCUGAUACUAUUGACGCAAGGUUCGACCAAGAUCUUCAAAACCCCUAGUCCAGAACUAGUCUCACGACAACAUAUGAACAUACAUCUCAAGAACAAUUCCGCCUUAGUCUAUCUCCCCGACCCAGUGCAGCCUUUUGCCAACACGGCCUUUUCCCAAUCCCAGAUCUAUCACUUGGAGAAAGAGCAAGGUAACCUGUGUGUUUGCGACUGGGUCACGAGUGGCCGUUCUGCACGAGGGGAGAACUGGGAUAUCUACGAAUACAAGAGCCGCAACGAGGUCUGGACCGUAGGUGAUGCCGGCAAAAGGAGACUACUUCUACGGGACAACCUCAUUUUGGACAAGCAUGGGAAGACAGGGCUGCAACUCUCAUCACGUAUGGAUAGCUAUUCUGUCUUCGGAACCUUGAUCGUUCGCGGUCCCAUCUUUUCGUCACUAUCAGAGUUCUUCUUAGAUGAGUUCGAGGCACUGCCGCGUAUUGGUGGGAGGAACUGGGGCGACGCGGUGCAGCCAGAGCUCCAGGCGCAUGAGCAGAGGCGGUAUGAGAGGCAGCAGAGAGAAAAGGCCGAUGGGCUGAUAUGGAGUGCUGCGAACGUGAGAGGCUUUGUCCUGAUCAAGUUCGCCAGCAGAGAAGUUGAAGGCUCGAGGAACUGGCUGAGAGACAUGAUCAAGGAGGAAGGGUCGCUGCUGGAUACAUUUGGGGAAAGGGCAAUUCUGUGUUUGAAGUGAAGCUAGAAUUCGAAGAUACCCGAGACCAGGUAGAUGAAUUGAGUUGCAUAGUUGGUUAGA